GAGCCCAACAUGGGGCUGGAUCUCACAACCAUGAGAUCAUGAUGAGGGCUGAAAUCAAGCGCUGGAUGCCCAACUCACUGAGCCACCAGCUGCCCCUCAAGUCUACCUUCUAAGCACACAUGCUCUUCACCUGGGUCUUCUGUUCGUGUGUUGUGACCUUAGACAACCAGCGGCAUGGCAGCAAACAAGAGUAAGAGCCAGAGCUCCCUGGCCCUUCACAAGGUGAUCAUGGUCGGCAGCGGAGGGGUGGGCAAGUCGGCCCUGACGCUUCAGUUCAUGUACGAUGAGUUUGUGGAAGACUAUGAACCUACCAAAGCCGACAGUUACAGAAAGAAAGUGGUUCUUGAUGGUGAAGAAGUCCAGAUAGAUAUUCUGGACACGGCUGGACAAGAGGACUAUGCAGCCAUUCGAGACAACUACUUCCGCAGUGGGGAGGGCUUCCUCCUCGUGUUCUCCAUCACAGAGCACGAGUCCUUCACGGCAACUGCUGAGUUCAGGGAACAGAUCCUCCGCGUUAAGGCUGAAGAAGAUAAAAUUCCAUUGCUGGUCGUGGGAAACAAGUCCGACCUGGAGGAGCGGAGGCAGGUGCCCGUCGAGGAGGCCAGGACGAAAGCAGAGGAGUGGGGUGUGCAGUACGUGGAGACGUCGGCUAAAACGCGGGCCAACGUGGACAAGGUGUUCUUUGACCUAAUGAGAGAAAUCAGAGCAAAAAAGAUGUCAGAGAACAAAGACAAGAACGGCAAGAAAAGCAGCAAGAACAAGAAAAGUUUUAAAGAAAGAUGUUGCUUACUGUGAAUGCCAAGAUGGCGGAUGAAGCAAUGGCCGCUAAAGACACAGGGCGGGCUCCUCCAGGGAAGAGUAUAGUCGACUUCAUGGUGUAUUUCCUGCCCUCCCAACCUAUUCACGCGUACUUCCUUAAGUGGGGAAAAGAUUUGUGAACUAAUGGCUGGCAGAAGAAAUUAGCCCUCGUCCAUGCAUGGGAAUGGCUACUUUGUCAGGAGGUUUUGGAGUUUUCCUUCUCUUUCCCCCUCUCCCUCCCAAAAGUUUAAUUAUGUGUGUAGCGCUAUCGGUAGGAAAUAGUCAAUCAAGCAUUAAUUAAAGAGAAACGUGCUGUUGAAGAGUCUAACCCCCCACCCGCCUAGUUUUGUAAGGUUACCAUCUUUGUUUUGAAAUAAAAGUGUCUUGUUAGGUUUGGGGAGAGGGGCGCGUAGGAUAAGACUCUCCCCCGCUCUCACCCGCUUAACAGACGCACUCAAAGUCCUAAGGACAGUAAGUUCUAAUGACACUGACAAAUUCAGAGAUUUUUUGCAAUAAGUUUCUUGGCAAUGCCCUGUAGGUCUGAAGCACAGCGAAAACAUAAAAUAAAAUAAAUAUGAAUUGGGCCAAAUAGGUCAAUAACAAGCCAUAAACCCUUCUCACAUAUGAAAAAUGAAAGUCGAAUUCUUCAUAUUUACAUAUUAGCCAAUAUUAAAUGACGGCCUGUGGUGGCUAUUUCUCUCCUGUAGCAUCCUGAUGUUUGUGCAGAAGCUUCUUUUUUAGCAGAUUAAGUGAAGACUCCAGCGUAGUGUACUUUAUACAUGACACACUCUUCUUUUCAGAUUGAUUAAAAAAAUCUGUCUUUGGAUGCAGCCUCCCCUAAGGGGCAGCCAUGGUGAGGCCCCUCUUGCUCACUGGUAACCGAUAUCUGUCCUUCUGGUCGACCUCCCUGCAUGCAGAGGGUGAGCAAGCCUCUUCUUUUGUUUCUUUUAAGUAGAACGAGUUCUUCUGAAGGAUGUGAUGAGUUCACAUUGUAUCCUUGAGUCGCGAAGCCGGCACCAGUGUCAGACAUUCUGCUACCUCUCCUAGAAUUGCGCUGUAAUUCUGAAUUUAAUAUGAGAAGAAGUGGGAAAGGAUAAGAGAAGUCACUGCUCUUUUACCUCUGAGAAUGGGCUGCUGUUUCUAAUAUAGUUUUCUUCUGAGACAGCCACAGAGCUGGUUCAAAAAAGGCUUUUAUUGAUGAGAUAUGUUAAGCUUUUUUAUAUAUCAAUAUUCUAACUUUAGCAACCAGAAAAUUUUUCCUCAGGAAAGGAGUACUGUGAGGAAAAGCCAGUAUUCAGCACAUUUCCCCCCAUUUUUUGGAAGUGACAUUUCACGUAUAGGUGCCAAAAGGGAACUGGGAUGGGGAGAGUGGGAGCCUUUCAAAUGUAUGGUUAUUACGGAAAUUGUGGAAAUGACGAUCUGACUGGAGAGCAAUCUUGUAUCACCUCCCAAAGAAUCAUGGUCUUUUUUAAAUAAAAAAAAAGCAGACAAAUACACAUUUUA